AUGGCAUGCCCACGUACAGUUUCAUGUGCUGAUAUCAUCGCAAUUGCCGCAAGAGAUGUAGUAACCAUGCCUGGAGGUCUAUAUUGGAAUGUACUCAAAGGAAGGAAAGAUGGAAGGGUAUCAAAAGCCAAUGAAACCAUUAACUUACCAGCUCCAUCCUUCAAUGUAACUCAACUUAUUCAAAGCUUCGCCAAGAGAGGUCUAGGAGUUAAAGAUUUGGUUGCUCUUUCGGGUGGCCACGCUAUAGGGUUUUCCCAUUGUUCUUCUUUCGAAGCCCGACUACACAAUUUCAGUUCAGCCCAUGAUAUUGAUCCGACCAUGGACAGUGAAUUUGCGCUAAACCUGAGGAAGAAAUGCCCGAAACCGAACAAGGAUCGCAAUGCAGGAGAGUUUUUAGACUCAACUUCAUCAAGUUUUGAUAAUAACUAUUACAAAAGAGUCAUGGCAGGUAAAGGUGUGUUGGGAUCAGACCAAGCAUUGUAUGGUGAUUACAGGACCAGAUGGAUUGUUGAGGCAUUUGCCAAAGAUGGAGGUUUGUUUUUCAGAGAGUUUGCAGCUUCAAUGGUGAAACUUGGAAAUGUAGGUGUUAUUGAAGAUGGUGAAGUGAGGGUCAAAUGCCGAGUUGUAAAUUGA